AUGGCCUCUGACGACGAUUCCCAAGCUCUAGACACCCACCAUGACGACAAAGAUUGGGAAUCACAAAGGGAAAAUUUCCGCAUUUGUUACAUUGACCACGGCAUGACACGCAAAGAAGCCGCCGAGUACAUGAAAGAACACUUCAAUUUCAGCGCCACGCCCCGCCAAUGGGAGCGCAAAAUCAAGCAGUGGGGGUUUUCAAAGUACACGAAUCGAGAGGAACGACUGCACCAGAUUGCGCAAACCGGCAAAACAGUCUUGGACGUGAGUCGUCCCGGGCGAAGACCCCGUUCUCAUGUGGACGAGCACGGCAAUCUUCAACCUCAUGAAGACCGUAACCUGCGUCGCUUCGCCCGUCGAGAACUCAGUCGUUCGAGAUCAAGGUCACGGUCUGCGUCCUUCACCGACACGCCACGCCCACAGUUCAAACAAGAGUUUUCCGAUCCCUCCGCCAAUGCUUCGAUGGAAUCUCCAUUUGACUUCAACCAACUCGACUCGGAAAUGCGACGGAGUUCCAGCAAUGACGGGUUCCAUCUGCCUCCAACGCAAGCCGGUAGCAGCCCGUUGCCAUCAUUUCAACCACAGAUCUUUCCGGAGCACGACCCCGGCGCAUACGGGACCACUGUUAAUUCAUCCCUUCCUCUAUCUCUCGGUCACAAUCAGUGGGGCCAGACACAAGCUGGUGAGACACAGCAAUUCAACGCUGCCACAGCUCAAACUCAGUAUGCGGUAUUUCCGAACGAUCCGACAUCAUCGCAUGUCUCCCAAACAGGCGCCGUUCCCAACGGCAAUCAGCGCUAUUCGGUAGAUGCGAACGAUCCCUCCUUUGGUUUCCCAAUCACCGAUCCCUCGAUGUCCUCACUGUCGGCAGACUUCAGUCAGUAUGUCAUGACAAGUGCUGAUAUGGGAAUGACCCCGGGGAUGUUGCCGGAGGACAUUAUGACGGAGCAAUCUAUGUUCGACCCCACUAUACCACUACCACUUGGCCCCCAGACAUUAAACCAGACAGGUUUUGAGAACAAUCCCGGGAUCAAGUUUGCUGUGGUGGACGUGGAUUCAACACCGUUGCUCCCUACUACUGAAGCCGCUGCAUUGACCCCUCCUGUGGGCAUGGACGUUUUGUUUCCAGAACCAGGCUUAGGCACUGACGGGCCCCUCCAAAAUGAUGUGUUGCCUCUGGUCGAAGAGUACACCCGAGCUGUCCAAGCUGCGGCCCUCGGUUUAUAA